CGUCGCUUCUUGAUGUCGUCAUCAUAUGUAGCCCAACAAAUAAAAACAUCAAACAACAGGUCUGUCGUUGCUAAGUACCGUGUCCCGGGCGGUAUAUGAUAUGGGCCGCUGAUUUUCACAUUUUUGGGCGGCCAAAAAUGAGGUAGGGCUAUAUAGCGAAUGGGGGAAAAGUAUAGUAUCCGUUUAGCGAAAUACGUAUCGAACAACUAUACACAAAAUCUUAAGAGUUCAGGGUUCAUAUUCGUAGCUUGCGGGUUUUAGCAAGUGGACGUAGUCUAACGUUACCUUGUGCUUUGUAGUUGUGCACUGUAAUACAAUUAACAGUCGGGAACCUUAACUUUUAGAAUCGGCGCUUGAAAUGUGCGUGCGCAAGAAAGAAGAACUUGGUUUUCCAGACUUUAGUUACCGGGGCCCACAUCUCCGUAGAGUUAAACUCUUUCGUAGAUUGUAAUACUGAAGUUCUGAUUUAAGUUGCAAACCCGUUCUUUCGCACACAUGUAAGAAAUUGUGCCGUUAUGAAAAAACCUUUCGCUGAAAAUUGAGUGCACAUGCACGGCCCCCGCGAUUAACCAUCUGCGGCAAUACUGUAAACCGCUUUCGGUGAGAAAAUGGUAUUAUCAAAGCAGAGGCGUAAAAAGAAGAAUUUUGCCGAGUGUGAAAUUCAGGUUCUUGUAAAGGAGGUGGAGAGGAGACGCAGAAUAUUGUUUAACGGCGCGAGCAUGGGCGUCAGCACCGGGCGGAAGCGCAUGGAGUGGCAGAGAGUUUGUGUUGCGGUCAACGCCGUCAGCGCCGUGCACCGGUCGACGGAGGAAGUUAAGAAGAAAUGGUUCGACAUGAAAAUGCUGGCCAAAAAGCGCAUAUCCGCGCACAGAGAGAGCGUCGGCGCCGCUGGGCGGAGCGUGAGGAGCCCGCCUCUCUCCGCCCUCGACGAGAGGCUGGCUUUCAUCAUGGAAGACAUCCAGCCCUGCGGGGAGCUGCCCCCGCCCGACGAGUGCCCUGACACGGCAGAACCCACGAGUGUGAAAGCCGAGCUGGAGGAUGAAAAACCGGGCGUGCUGAGUGGGGAGGAGGUGCCGGAGUAUCGGGAGGAGGUGCCGGAGGUCCAUGGGGGGGUCCCGGAGGGGGGCCACAGUGCUGCAGGACCCAGCAGCAUCUCCGGGGAGACAAGUGGGCGUGUCCCCACUGACUCCGCCCUACAGACACAGAGAGACCUCGUCAGAUCCAUUGAAAGCGUGACCACUGAACUGAAACACAUUGGAAGUGUUCUAUGCCAGAUAAGUUCCACAUUAAAAGAGCUAGUUAAAACGUACACUGUUUUUGUGUGAUGGCUGAUUUCAGAGACAUCCAUUGCCUUACAUCAGGGGUGUCCAAUCUUAUCCAGAAAGGGCCGGUGUGUGUGCAGGUUGUUGUUUUAGCACAGGACUAAGACAGCUGAUUCUACUCAUCAAGGUCUUGAUUAAAGACCAUGAUUAGUUCAUUAGUAUAAUCAGGUGUGUUACUG